UUUUAGAACAACACACGUACAAUGAUUGUAGAGAUUUUAAUAUUUCUUUUCACGUCAUUAAUUGUAUAUUGUAUUUAUGUUCAUAAAAGUAUACAUUAUUUGUACAAAAAGCGAGGUUUAAAGUAUAUUCCUGGAGUACCAUUAUUCGGCAACGCGUUUAAUAGUACUAUUAGAAAGAAACACUUUGUUGAAGACAUCGAUGCGAUUUAUAAACAAUUCCCUGAUGAGAAGUAUAUCGGUUACACUCAAGGGACAACGCCAAUUAUCCUUAUCAGAGAUCCAGAGAUAAUAAAAAGUAUUACAGUGAAAGAUUUCGACCAUUUUGUUGACCACAGACAAUUCCUCAGUGAAGAUGUAGAGCCUUUGAUUGGUGCUAGUCUUUUCUUUAUGAAAGGUAACAAAUGGAGGGACAUGCGAACAACGCUAAGUCCUGCAUUUACAGGAUCCAAGAUGAGACUCAUGAUGCCAUUUAUGACAGAAAUAAGUGACACCAUCGUGGAAUACUUGAAAGAUCACGCACUAGAGGACAUAGAUGUAUGCGAUUUGAUGCGCCGCUACUCCAAUGACGUGAUCGCCUCCUGCGGCUUCGGAUGUCAAGUUAAUUCCGUCAACGACAAAGAAAACGAAUUCUACAAAACAGGACAAUCUCUGUUCGAAAUGACAACUUUGCAGAGAACGAAAUUAAUUAUAUCUAUGUAUUUUCCAAGUAUAGCAAAGAAUCUGGGCCUUAAAAUUUUUGAAGAAAAAGAUGUUAGUUUCUUUCAAAAUCUAGUAAAAGACACUAUGGAAUAUAGAGAAAAGAAUAACAUUGAAAGACCAGAUAUGAUACAACUGUUAAUGCAAGCAACUAAAGGUAAUUUGAAGACUGAUGAAUCAGAGAUAGACAUCGACAAAAUUAAACGUGGUCAAAUCAGAGAAUGGAGUCAACAAGAUUUAGUGGGACAGGUUUUUAUCUUCUUUUUUGCCGGUUUCGAAACAUCUGCUGCGACCCUAAGUCUGACAGUCCAUGAAUUGGCUGUUAAUCCUUUAGUGCAAGAAAAGUUAUAUGAAGAAAUUAAAACAUUUCACGAAACUAAAGGCAAAAUGUUGUAUGAAAACGUAAAUGAAUUAAAAUAUUUAGACUGCGUUAUUAAUGAAACGUUACGUAAAUGGUCACCAGCUUUAAUAAUGGACAGAGUGUGCACUAAGCCAUAUGAGUUACCUCCUCCUCGUGAAGGAGGUAAACCGACUAAACUAAACCCUGGUGAUUACGUUUACAAUAUGGUAAACUCAAUUCAUCUUGAUCCGAGACAUUAUCCGGAACCAGAGGUUUUCAAUCCAGAAAGAUUUUCUGAGGAAAAUAAAAACGAAAUCAAACCUUUUACGUUUAUGCCAUUUGGUAUUGGUCCGCGUACUUGUAUUGGAACUAGAUUCGCAAUGUUAGAAAUCAAGGUGUUAAUUUAUAACAUAAUCUUAAACUUUAAAAUCUUAAAAUGUGACAAGACAACAGAACCAAUUCUUUUGAAACCACAUGAGUUUAAUAUUGCUGCUCUUGGAGGGACAUGGGUAAAACUGGAAACCAGAACAAAAUAAAAAGAAGAAACGUAGAUUUUAGAACUCCAUUACUUUAGCAAUGAUAACAUGUACAAAGAAAUUAUAUAAAAAAUAUA